CGGACGCGGAGAACAAUCAGUGUCAGCGGCCGGGAGGGGAGCGGAGCGGUUCGGCGGCGUCACCGGGCCCCCAGCUCAGAUGCUGCCUGACAUCACCUGCCGUGAUACAAAUUUCCAGCAUCUGCAUUUUGUUUUAAAUUUUCAGUCUUGGGUGUUGAAGGUUACAGAUAAGAUUCUUUCAGCUGGCGGAUGAAUAUACUGGCUGAGCUCCACGGGCAAUAUCACACAGUGUGUGUGUGUGUGUGUGUGAGACAGGAUGGCCCAGGAAACGAAUCAGACACAGGUCCCCAUGCUGUGUACCACUGGCUGUGGUUUCUAUGGCAACCCAAGAACUAAUGGAAUGUGUUCUGUUUGCUACAAAGAAUAUCUGCAGAGACAGCAGAACAGUGGCAGGAUAAGCCCACCAGCAGCUAGUGGGGCCAGUAGUAACAGCAGUUCAAGCACAGAGUCAAUCCCGGUUCAGUGUACAGAAGGUAGCCCUGAAAUGUCUGCCGAUACUUCUGUGAAUGCCACAUCUGCCAAAACUAGCACUCCUGUAACACAGCAGAUGACAGCAAUGAGCAUCUCUCAAGAUGAAUCGAGCACUGAGAGCGAAGGAGCUCUAAAAGUGGAAGUCAUCACAGCAUCAGCUGCUGUGAAUUUAGAAACGGUAGAAAGUUCUACGGAAGGCGAGAAGGUUCCGGAAAAAACAAAACCCAAGAAGAACAGAUGCUUUACCUGCAGGAAGAAGGUUGGAUUGACUGGAUUUGAUUGCCGAUGUGGAAACCUAUUCUGUGGGCUUCACCGCUACUCAGACAAACACAGCUGUCCUUAUGAUUACAAGGCUGAAGCAGCAGAGAAGAUCAGGAAAGAGAAUCCCAUUGUGGUGGCUGAAAAGAUUCAGAAAUUAUGAACUGCUAUAUUGUAGCAAGACUUUCAUGUGGGAAAAAUCCAACAUGGUAUCUUGAAGAGCCCAGCUUAAUACACAACCUGUUUUUGUGCAAACGGAUAGGCAUGAGAUUGGCAGAUGGUUUAGUCAAUGGCUUCCUGCUGAUGGAAAUUUGCCUGUGGUACAACGAAGAAACGAUAUUAUCAAGUAUGGAAAGUUAACCAGCAAAGGAACAAGGUGAACUGUACCACACAUGCAGUCCCUUUUUCAGCAGUGGGCUUUUGACUGUGCCUUCUGUCUUAAUAAUCUACUGAGAUCAAGUCUGCAGGGAACCAGGCCAGUGUACCCAUUUACGUGCCUGUAGGUACUUGUGCCCCUUCACAGAAACCUGAGUAGUGACCUCAUUUGGCUUACUUCUAUUUUUAAUGAGCUAUGAACUUGUUCUUUGUGUAUCUGAUCUAGGUGAUUAUAUACCUUUUUUCCCCUCAGGUAAUUACCGAUGUAUAGCAGGCAUCUGGAGUUGUCCAGUACUCUUCAGACUGAAAGAUGGACUUAGAAGUUGCCAUGGUACACAAGAAAAGAGAAGAUGUGAAAUCAAUCUAAUAAACUGAUUAAAAUUAAUUUUCAGAGUUAAAUGAAAAAGCUAAAAAUGGCAACUGUCAUACACUAUCCUGUGUAUCAUGGCUGCUUUCUGAGCUUAAAAGGUUUAUUCAUGCAGGUAAGUAUAGAUAUAUUCAUGACACAAUUUCUAAAGUAUUUUUUUAUGGGUCUUUAGGGCAAGCAGGAGGUUAGCCAAAAGGGUCUUUACCCAGACAAAUUAGAGGGACAGUAUCUCUUUUUAGUAAAUUUGCUGUGUCGGAUUUACAGUGAUGGAUUAUACCAAAAGAUCACAAUCUAUUUUUAAUGUCAGCCAUAUUAAUGGAAAUCUUCACAGCAUGGCUUUAAAAGAAAACAAAAAAAAUCCAUGUCCGGCAAAUGACUUGGGUUUUCUUUGCAGUAUUAUUGUCUUUAUUGAAUUUUGAAUGAAAAAUAUUGGGUUUGUGGCAUCCCAAUUUAUUUUGAGCCAACCUAGCGCAAGAAAAAGUGAUUCUGUCUCAAAUGGAUGUGACACUGGUUUGGGUGUGGUCCGGUUCACUGCACACUUCAAGCUGAGCUACAUGCAAAUAAAUUGCAGUGUUGCAGUCUUUUACCAUUUUUUUCUUCCUUUUUAAUAGCUAAUUUCAGCUUUGAUAGUUACUCACUUUGUAACAAUGUACAGUUUAAACUUGUAAAUUGGAAAGGGAUGUGGGUGGAAGACAUUGAUGACUGAAUGCUUUGGGUGCUAGUUGUGUGCUUUUCUUUCUCCCAUAAUUUUCUUCCUUUAAUGAAAGUAUGAUAUAAAAUGAUAAUAUAUUGUAGUUUGCUUGAAUUGUGUGUUUCUGGUUAUGUUAGUUUAGUUUUGGAUUUCUGAAGUUUCAACCAGAUGUUGUGCACAUGCUCCAACUGUAGCCUUUCACUGUAUAUUACACCUAAACUAAGCAAUUGA